AUGUCAAUCCCUUUUAGCACGAAAAUGGCGGCUCUACUGGCCAAAGCUGCCCCAGAACAAAUAUAUUCGUACAAGCCAGGUAAACUCAUUACUUUCGGGGCAUAUUCACUUUCUUUUACUUUUAUACUGUAUGGAGCUUCCUUUGCGGAUUGGUCACUAACAACCUCAUCUGGUCUAUAUAAAGAGGAAUCAGAAGAACCGAAGAAAGAUUUAAAAUGGUACGAAAAUGCCAACGUCGCGUUUCUUGGUAGAUCUGCGGGUUCUGUCCUUCUUUCAGUGAUACCUUUCACUUUAGCUGCAGUGGCACUAUACAUACCGACCAGAAUUGUAACCAAGAUGCAUUACAUCCCUGAUAAGAUCCCAAAAUGUAAAGUGACGACUAGGACUUUAUUCAAUGGUGAAAAGAGUAAAACAAUUCCAUUACGAAACUUAAGACGUCACGAAAAAUCCAGAGUAUUUACAGGAAUAGGUGAACAAGGAGUUGAGGACCGUGGUUCAUUUUCUUUCUCCUUGAUGGAUAAAGGGGCGCCUUUUUUCGAUAAAGUCUAUAUUGUGAACAGAUCAGGUAAAUUCUGGGGAUCUGACGGAAGAUUUAUGGAUGCAUUAUUUGGAGGUGAAUCUAUAACUCAGUUGGAGUUGAAAGAUUUCAAGACCGAAAAGAACGAAUACACCAAGAACGAGCAGAAGUUAGAGAAAAUAAUUCAACAACAAAUAGCAAGGCCAAGAUUGAAUACUAACGCUGAUAUUAAGAAUAUUGUGUUAAAUUCCAAGAGCAAGCAUCACCAAGAUGGAAAGAAAUGA